UUUUUUUCAUUUCUUCAUUUCACACAUUAAAAAAAGAAAAGAAACAACUUCAAUGAUGCAAUGAGUACAAGUGAAAAGAGACCCAAAGAUAUUUCAAAUCGCCACUUGAGCGCUUCUUUUACUCGACAAGUGUCCGAACCGAAACACAAAAUCCCAAAAUCAUCAUUAGCAGUAGCAGGCUACUUUUAUAAACCAACGCCACCACCAGAAACUGUGGUCGUUCAUUCUGUACCCAAAAAGACAAACGACGCUUGUUGUUGGGGAUGUGCUGCUGCCUUAUGCUUGUGCUUUGGACUAGAAGAAUGUUGCUCUUCUUAAGGCACCCUUUUAUCGCAUUGAUUUGAUUGGCUGGUACAAUCAAGGAGAGGGAGAGAUAGAGUGUGUACAAUAAAGCGAUUCUUUUUUUUUUUUUUUUUUUUAAUUUUAUUUUC